AUGACAAACACUAAAAAUAAAAGCUCAAACUGGAUCAUCCACACUGAUGGCUCCAAGACAACUACUGGAGUUGGAGCAGGCAUCAUCAUCACAAACAAUAAAGGUAAACAUGUCUAUCAGGCGAGCCUAAAAAUGGCUCCUCACUGCACCAUAACUCAAGCUGAGUUGUGGGCUGUCAACAGGUCAUUAGCCUACAUUGAAACUAAUAUGAACAACUCCAAAGAAACAAUAGAAGUAAAUGUAGACAGUAGGGUGGAGUUACAUACUCUAAAUAACCAGAGAAAAAACUCAACUUUAGCUAAGGAGACAAUACAGCUAGCCCAAAAAAUAGCAGGCACAAAUAACUUAACUAUUCAAUGGAUCAAAGCUCAUGGAGGUCAUGAGGGAAAUGAAAGGGCCGACAAACUAGCGAAAAAAGCUGAAACUACCGAUUCCAAAAUUAC